UCACAACACAACACCUUUCACCGUUAAACAUCCACCGUCACAAAAAAUCAAACAAACAUGAAGCCACCGUCGCCGGCAUGUCUCCUCCUCCUCCUCCUCUUCACCACCACCGUCUCCUCUCAACCCGCCCCGGCCCCCGACGGGAACGCCGACCCGCCGGCCAGCCUCUUCGAGGAGCUGGGCCCGCACGAGAAGUUCGGCGACACGUUCGGCAACCCGGACGACUUCAAGAAGCAGCUCCCCAACGACAUCGGCACGCCGGAGUUCGUCAGCUCCGACCUGUCCGACUUCGUCGAGAAGUCCACGGGGACCCUGCACAAGGAGGAGGAGGAGGCCCGGCCGCCGCUCCCCGUCGACGAGUGGAAGGGGAAGUGGGAGCUCUUCACCGACAACUCCGGCGUGUCGGCGAUGCACAUGAUCCUGAUUCCCAAAGUCGACAAGGUUUUGAUGUACGACGCCACGAUCUGGCGGAUCUCGAAGAUCCUCCUCCCCAACGGGCAGUGCCGGAUCUUGAAUGAGGCCACCGGCGAGAAGGAUUGCUAUGCGCAUUCCGUUCUGAUGGAUAUCAACAACGCGAAGCUCACUCCCCUCGAGCUCAAAACGGACACGUGGUGCUCGUCGGGAGGCCUUCUCGUCGACGGCAACCUGAUCAGCACCGGCGGGUUCCAAGGCGGCGCCAACACGGUCCGGUACCUCGACAUGUGCCCCACGUGCACGUGGCGCGAGUACCCGAGCGCCCUCUCCGCGCCACGCUGGUACUCCACCCAGGCCCAGCUCGCCGACGGCAGGAUGAUCGUCAUCGGCGGCCGCGCCGCCCCGAGCUUCGAGUACAUCCCGCAGGAAGGCAAGUCCAACGCCAAGCCUUUCUUCUUCGACUUCCUCAAGCAGACCACCGACCCCGACGAGAACAACCUCUACCCUUUCGUCUUCCUUUCCCCCGACAAGAACGUCUUCGUCUUCGCCAACAACCGCUCGGUGCUCCUGAAUCCGGACACCAACACGGUGGUGAAGGAGUUCCCCGUGCUCCCCGGCGGCCACCGUAAUUACCCGGCCAGUGGGAUGGCGGUGCUGUUGCCGCUCGAAGUGAAGUCGCCCGACCCCAAUGCGGUUGUGGACGCUGAGGUGCUGAUUUGUGGUGGGUCGGCCCAUAUUGAUUCGUAUACGUUGGCUUCGAAGGAUAUGUUCUAUGAGGCCCUUCAGGAUUGUGGACGCCUGCAGAUUACCAAGCCCAGGCCCAAUUGGAGGAGGGAGCUCAUGCCUACUGCUAGGAUCAUGGGUGAUAUGCUGCUGCUACCGACGGGGGCGGUCCUGAUGAUCAACGGAGCGAUCCGAGGCGCCUCCGGCUGGGGGUUCGCCCGGGAACCGAACCUGACCCCGGUCCUGUUCGACUACAAGGCGAUCGACAAGUCCCACCUCUUCAAAGAACUGAACCCGACCACCAUCCCGAGGAUGUACCACUCCACCUCCGUCGUCCUCCCGGACAACCGCGUCCUCGUCGCCGGCAGCAACACCAACAACGGAUACAUCUACGACGCCAUGUUCCCCACGGAGCUCCGCGUCGAGAAGUUCUCCCCGCCCUACUUCGACCCGUCGCGGGCCGACAAGAAGCCCAAGAUCGUCGACGGCGGGUGCCCCAACGAGCUGAAGUACGGCCAGGAGUUCACCGUGAAGGUCGAGCUCAACGAGAAUAAGGUGUCGAUGAAGAACUUCCAGGUGACCAUGUACGUCCCGGCGUUUACGACCCACGGCGUCGCGAUGAACCAGAGGCUGAUCAAGCUGUUUGUGAAGGACGCCGUGAAGGUUGGGGAAGGGAGGUACGACGUGACGUGCAACGCGCCGCCGAGCACCGCGGUGGCGCCGGAGGGGUACUUUUUGUUGAGCGUGGUUUAUUACAAACUGCGCCUCCCCAGCGCGGCCGUUUGGGUUCAGCUCAAGAAUUGAUUCGACAACGUGUUCAUUUUAAUUAUUAUUCAAUUUUGUUUUUUUGUUUUUUUUUGUUAAUGGCUUGCUGAGCUUUACUCCUCAGAUGUGAGUCUGAUCAAAGUUGUACGUGACAUGAAUUUGUAAUAAAUCGAUUCGGAUCGAAUUUUCACCUGACUAUAUUUUGUUUGCAAGAUGCAUGUUUAUUUGGUUUGUCUAUUUGGCCGGUCGGUCCGGUUCGAACGGUCCAAGCAGCUAGCCAUAUGAACCGAUGUCUAACCAUUCGGUUCCUAAAAGACGGUUAAACAUAUCACCCGUAUCGAGCUGGUGGUCGGUCACCAGUUUUUUACCGAUUGUAUCGACCUGGUCUUAAUAACACCGCUACAAAUAGAUUUCCAAGGGAUAAAAUUAACGUAAUAAACCUUCAACGGUUCGAUAUCCGGUUGUAAGAAGAAAAAACCCAAGACCGGUUUAGCCACUCGGUUCGUGGGGUACAUCAAUUAUAAUAACUUAACAAGUAAGGAGCAAAAUACAAUGGACGGACUAUGUAAGAGAUUAAAAGGUUAACAACCCAUUUCCCAACAACUCGUGUUAUUGGGGACCAAUUGAUUAGUUCACUAACAUGAUAUCAGAGUUCGGUUCAGACAUCUAGGGUUUCCGCCAUACUCAUCCCGCAUUCUCCCUUCCUUUAUUCUUCUAUUACCCUAUAAACACAACAACUUAACAAGUAAGGAGCAAAAUACAAUGGACGGACUAUGUAAGAGAUUAAAAGGUUAACAACCCAUUUCCCAACAACUCGUGUUAUUGGGGACCAAUUGAUUAGUUCACUAACAUGAUAUCAGAGUUCGGUUCAGACAUCUAGGGUUUCCGCCAUACUCAUCCCGCAUUCUCCCUUCCUUUAUUCUUCUAUUACCCUAUAAACACAACAAUGGAUACAGGAGCAAAUACUACGUAAACUCUAAUGAGGCACUGGUACGUGUUUUCAAUCAAGCUCACCAGGACAUCUAAUAUAACUACAAUCUUUGGAGUACGACGAAUAGAGUUGCUUCGAAAAGAAAAAAAACAAACUGGGCUUUAUCAAUGGAUCUCUACCAGCUCCAGAUCUAACCAGUGAGCACUGAGCACUACCCAACUUAGUAACAUAGCAAUACUGUUGUUUACUUUAUGAUUCUUUGAUCUCUUGACCCAAACUUGGUGGAUAGCGUUUCUUCCAAAGACAAUGCACGACUACUCUAGAAAGAUCUAGGCCAAAGAUUUGAGCAGGUUGACAAUAUUUGAGUUUAUUGAUCUUUAGACUGUAGUCUAUACUCUUAAGCAAGGCAACAAGUCAGCCAAUCAAUACUAUACUUAAUUGAAAGCAUGCUGGAAAUAAUUGGUUCAAUUCUUG